GAUAGUUCAAAAGAAUUAUUUUAAUUUGAUAAAACACAACACUGAUGCAACAUUAACGUAUAUCAGUGUAUGUAUUAUGCAUUUGCAUAUAUAUAUAUAGCUAACUCAUAUAGUUAUAAUUGUAUACACAUGAAACAUGUAUAUUGAACAACUAAACCUUAUAACAACAAAUAUAAAUUUAAUUUGUAGCACACAAUAUUAAUACACAGAAUUAUGUAAAUGGAGUUAUUAAUACAUACAAACCUGACGAUCAACAAAUAGAAUUAUUAAAAAAAAACAAGUAGAAUUAUUAAUUCAUUCAAUACACAAAAAUAUGUAAGAUAUAUUUCACUAACAUAACACUAGAAUUAUUAAUUCAUUAAAUACACAAAAUUAUGUAAAAUUAAUUACAAACACUAAAACAUACCACAAACGACCAAAUUACAAAGGUAUGCAUUUUUUUGUUUCAUUAAUGAAAAUGAAAGAUGAUACAGGUUGUUUAAGUCCCAAAAAAGAUGGAAAAGACUUAAGGAACAAACUAGUAGAUUUAAGUUUCGAAAACGAAUUUUAAAGCUACAAUUUUUGAUCAAAUCACCGCUAAAGCGGAUAGGAAAUCCGACGACGCCAAUCGGCACGAGCCCCACCUUGGUAAAAGGUGUGGCACGUGCCACAUACUGAUUAAUAUAAUUUUCAUGUGAAAUGCUAGGACAUAUAAAAAUAUGUAGCCCUUUUGGUCUAAAUUGAUAUACCGUGUCCCACCCAAAACUAAGUUUGAAACUAUUAAAUUGCCUUUUUAGUUUCUACUCUUCGAUACAUUUUUAAUUACUUUUUAAUAAAAUAUUUUUCUUUAUUUUUGUUACCUAAGACUAUUUUUUAUUUUCUGAGUUUUCUACGUACUUUUUUGGUGAAAGUUGUCUAGAUAGUUACUAUUUUAUAAAAUAUUUUUUUCUUCCUCGUGUUUACUUAGAAUUCUAUUUUUUCUUUUUUUCUAUAAUAUUUUUCUUUGCCUUUCUAAUACUAAAUUUCUAUAAAAACUAUAGUUUAUUCUAAUUUUAACAAUUAUUCUACUAUUUUUAAUUUUUCAAUACUUAGAUUAACAAAACUAAGAGAAAUAAAGGUUUUAACUAUUAUAUGCAGUAUAUAAUUUAUAACAUUACUUAAAAUGAAGAUUUAAAUUUGUGAAAAUUAACUAUCAAGAAUAAAAAAAAUAUUGUUUAUAUGGUUCAUUUAAAAAUAAGAUGUAAAACUCAAGUCCCUAAUGUUAAUUUUUGUAAAAAAAAAAAAUUCAGUUCCGUUAAUUAUUUAAUAAUUUAAUUUUAUUUAUUGUGCCACACAUUAGAAUUUUUUUUUGAUCCGCCCCUACUCCCGACGACGCUUCAAAACAACGAACUCUGGUCAGAGUCCCCCGAAGACGCUUUGAGCACAAACCGAAUACAAGAUCAGAGAGACUCGCUUUGGUCCUUAAGUCUUUGGUCAGAUGAAAACCUGUAAAUGAUAGAUAAAACUUGUGAAUGUUCUAAAACUUAUUUUUAAAAUUCAAGUCUUUCUUAGAACAAAAUUUACAGCUAUAGAAAGUUUGGACUUGAAUUUAGGUACAUAUAGUUUACAUGAUAGUUCAAUAAUACAUGGUUUGACUAUUCUGACGUUAAUCGGGAAGCAUUCCACUCGAAUCAAGCGAUAUGACAGUCCUAAACGUAUUCUUAUUUAAACUGAUCGAAUCAGUCCUAAACAUAUAUAUAGAUUACAAAGUUAUAACCUGUAUGUAACUCAAGAUACUUCCUCAGACACUUUGAUUGAUAUAUGCAUUCUUACCGGUUCCGCCUACUUUUUCCUUUAAAAUACCUUUUCCUUCGUGUUGAAAACAUGAAGCACGUGACCAGAUUUGCAGAUAUUUGUUAUUUUUAAUUUCCUCAAAAAAAAAUAAAAGUUUAUAGCACGUUCUUAUUCAGACUUUAUAUGCAAGUAUUUCUAUAACUUGACUUCCAUAAACUGACCAAGCAAGAAGAAUCUUUACGCAGAGAGGAUCAUAUGGAGAAUUGCAGCUUAGAUCUCUGCCUAUCUCCAGUGACCUCUUCACUUCAAUCUUGUCACCGAGAUUCCAAGGUUAGUCAAUCUUUAGCCACGAGAACUAAGGAGAUCAAUGCAUUCUAUAAUGGGAGAGUACGAGAAUACGAUCUCGUAGAGAUCCAGAUAAGGGCGGUAAUAGAGAUGGCGAGCAAGGAGCGUGACAUAACGGUGUUAGAGUUAGCACCGGUUAGACUAGAAUCGCCCUUAGUGUUUCCGGUGAAGAGAUCAGUGGAGAGGUUUUUGGAGAAGAGAAAGAAGAGAAGCAAAUAUGUUACUACACCUUACAGUUACACUUGCAGCUCCACGUCUUCCUCCUCUUCGCAUCAUUUCUAAAACCCCACUUAUUUUUGUCAUUUUUCCGUAUACUCAACGGUGAACUUCGAGUUUUUUUUUCAAUCUUGUUUUUAAAUCAAGAUGUUUCAUUUGUAUAAAACUCGGAUCAUUUGGAUCGCUUGUAUUAGUUGUGUUCUCCUCAUCUAUAAUAGCAUAUCAUUUAGUAAAAUACGAAAAAUGCACACUUUAACAAACAAAUAUAGAGAAAC